AUGGACCUGGGCACGAUUACCGCGAAAAUCAAGGCGUCGGGUUACCAGCAUCCAGACGAACUGUACAGCGACGUGCAGCUGGUUUGGUCGAACGCAAUGCGGUAUAACGGGGAAGGCAGUGACGUGUACAUCAUGACGUUGGAACUGAAGGGCCUGUUCGAGCAAGGGUACAGGAAGAUCCGACUCAAGGUGGAGGAAGAUGCCGCGAAACGCAGGCAGGAGGACGAGGAGCUGAUGGUUGUAGAGGACGUUAAGGGGGCUAAGGCAACGAGGGAGAUGAGUGAUGGCCGUGAGAAGCCGGAGGUUCAAGAGCUGGAGAAGCGGCUGCAGAAGCUAGAGUCGCAGAUGCAGGCCGGUGGGAAGGUGACGAGCCAAGCAGUGGCGCAGGUUCAGGCGAAGGGAAAGCUUCCCCUGAGGGACAUGACGUUUGCGGAGAAGCAGAAGCUGAGUGUCAACCUGGGGAAGCUUCCUCCGGAAAAUCUGGAUCGGAUUGUGCAGAUCAUUUCGGAGCGCAACCCGGAUUUGAGUCAGAACGCGGACGAGAUCGAGCUUGACAUUGACUCGCUGGACAGCGAGACGCUGUGGGAGCUAGAGAGAUAUGUGGCCAACUGCAUGAAGAGCAAGAGCAAGCGGAAGCGGGCUCUGCUGCAGCAGAAGCAAUCGGUGCCUUCGUCCAAGGUUCCUGACGCUCUUCCAGCUUCACAACAGGAGCUCAAAGAAGGCGAGGACAGUGUUGACAUUGUGGAGGAAGGUUCCGGUCUUAUCCAUGGGGCUGCUGCUGUCACCUCUGCUGCAGACUCGGGGGCAGCCAAGCUGCCUGCCGGGAAUGGAGUGGGAGGGAAGGCCAGUCCAGGCACCUCGGGAUCAUCCAGUUCGAGCGAUGGUAGCUCGUCUAGUGAUAGUGACUCAGACAGCGGCACAUCCGCCAGCGAGUCUGAUCAGGAAGAUCGGCGCUCCAAGGGAACACCUUCUGAGCCUGCCCGUGGGAAGCAGACUCAGAGCAAGGAUAGUGCGAAGGCCAGUGAUAAACGCUCCUCGCCUAAUGCUGGGGGUGACAGUGUUGCUCCAAGUGAAGGGGUGAAGAUGGAGGUUGAUGUGAAGCAAGAUGAAAAGCCAAAGGAGGUGAAGCCAUCUUUCAAAGGUGAUGAUGAGGCGGCUGUAAAAGCAGCCCUUCUUCGGGGGAAGUACGCUGACAUAAUUUUGAACGCCCAGAAGAAAGCAACGGAGACUCAAAGUGUGGAUCAAAAGCAGCUAGAAGAAAUUGAGAGAAAGCACAGAGAAGAGCGAGCUCGUUUGGAAGCUGAAGCCAGGGCAGCACAGGAGACUCGCAGGCGGAAAGAAGCAGAGGCGACUAUUGAAGCCCGGAAGAAGCUGGAGGAGCAGAGGGAAGCAAUGCGUCGUGCUCUGCAAGGGUGUAUUCAUCCGUUGUUCCGGGCUCUGUCCAAUGCUGUGUUGCAUGGCAAGCAGAUGGCAAAGUCCGUGGAGUUGGACGAGAGCCAUGCCAUCAUGAAGGACAUGCACCUUCUGAGUGCUCCUGCUGAGCACAUCAGCAUUGGUCCAGACCGCUCCACCGAAUUGCUGUUUGGUGGUGAAGGUGCAAGAGUCUCAGGUCCUCAACAGGGAAUGAACGUGCUAGAGCAUUUAGGGCUAUCACUAAGAGAUGAAUCAGAUGGAGAAGAGAGUGAAGAUGAAAUGGAGGCAGACAGAAGCAAGGAAGAAGUGGAAGAUGGGGAAAUCUGA